CUUGAACUAUUUUAUUCUCUAAAUAGCAUUUGAACUGUUUUAUUCCUUAAAUAGCACUUAAUAAUGUCCCUAAACUGUUUUAGUGUUGUUUAAAUAAAUUACUCUUAUAAUAAACAACAGAGACAAACACACGUAAGGUGUUUCGAGGAAAAUGGACGGAAGGAUACAUCCCAUGAGGAUGAAAUAUACCAACCCCAAAUUCUCUCCCUAUAUAUAUGUACACAAACGUGCAUAUAUCUAACUUCAUUCAAAAUUGUAAUCUAAAAAUGGAAGCACAAAUGGUGUACACGGCUUGUGCUCUCAUAAUUGCCAUAUUGUUUUUCGUAGCCGCCGUUCAUAAACUUCUUCCCAAAAAAACACACAAAAACCUGCCCCCAACCCCGCCCGGCCGCCUCCCCAUAAUAGGCCACGCCCACCUCUUGAAAACCCUCCUCCAUAGGACCUUGUACGACUACUCCAAGACCCUUGGGCCCAUAUUCUCCCUCCGCUUCGGCCCCCGCCUCGUGGUGGUGGUCUCGUCCUCCGUGCUCGUGGAGGAGUGCUUCUCCAAGAACGACAUUCUGCUCGCGAACCGCCCGCGAACGUCCGUGGACCGCACGUCGCUGGGGUUCAGCCCCACGAGUGUGAUCGGGGCCCCCUACGGGGACCACUGGCGCAACUUGCGCAAGUUGUGCGAUCUUGAAAUCUUUUCCCCUACUCGUCUCACGUCGUUUCUCUCGAUCAGACGAGACGAGAGGAACCGCAUGAUAUCUAGUCUGUACAAGAUCUCGUCGAGCGGCAAAUUUGCCAAGGUGAAUGUGGAAAAUAAGAUCGUCGAGUUGACAUUCAACAACAUAAUGAGAAUGGUGGCGGGGAAGAGGUACUACGGGGAGGAGGCGGAGGACGACGAGGAGGCGAAAACAUUCCGGGAGUUGACCAAGGAGGCGCUGGAGUUGACCAGCGCUUCCAACCCCGGCGAGAUUUUUCCGGUGUUGGGAUGGUUAGGUUUUAACGGUCUGGAGAAGAAGUUGACGGCUCACUCACGGAAAACGGACGAGUUCAUGAGUGCCUUGCUGAAUCAACACCGCCGCCGUCAAAUAACGGAGCAACGGGAGAACACCAUGGUUGAUCGUUUGCUUGCUCUCCAACAAUCCCAGCCUAAAUCUUACACCGAUGAAACCAUUACUGGCCUCAUCAUUGCAAUAAUAAUAGCAGGAACAGAUGCAUCGGUUGUUACCACAGAGUGGGUAAUGACACUUUUAUUGAACCAUCCGGAGGUGCUAAAGAAGGCGAGACAAGAACUGGACGAACGUGUCGGGCACGACCGGCUAGUUGAAGAAGAAGAUUUACCCAAACUACGCUACCUUCACUACAUCAUUCUCGAGACUCUUAGGUUGUUUCCCUCGGUCCCACUCUUGGUCCCUCACGUGCCGUCGCAGGAUGUUACCAUUGGAGGCUACGAUGUCCCUAAGGAUGCAAUGAUGCUGGUCAAUGCGUGGGCAGUCCAUAGGGAUCCUAAGGUGUGGCAUGAAGACCCUUUGAACUUUAGGCCAGAAAGGUUCGAAAACAUAAAGGAAAUUGAGACCCAAACAUUGUUGCCAUUUGGGAUGGGAAGAAGGGCUUGCCCUGGUGCUGGACUGGCACAGAAGUUUGUAGGGUUGGCCGUAGGGUCACUCAUUCAGUGCUUUGAUUGGGAAAGGCCAAGCGCUGGGAAAAUUGACCUUUGUGAAUGCUCUGGGACUACCUUGGCUAAGGCCCACACUCUUGAAGCUCUUUGCAAGCCUAGAGAUGUCAUGCUCAAAGUCAUUGAACAAGUUUUCCUGGAUUAAAUAAGACACUCAUCGACCCAUCGGAAGACUUCAAUUAAUUAGUGGUAUGUUC